AUGAAGCCAAAUCUUCAGGCACUGCAGGAUCGCCUGGAAACGCUCACGCAACAGGCACACAGAAAAACAGCAAAGCGCUCUGAACAGGAAUGGCCAGCAGCAGGGAUCCCCAAGUGGCAGAAGGAUCAGGCCCAGAACUUUAACUUCGUGUUCAAGCUGCUCCUGGUCGGCAACUCUCCAGUGGUGGGCAAGACGAGCUUCCUCUUCCGCUGUGCCAACGAUAGCUUCACAUCCGCCUUCGUCUCCACGAUAGGCAUCGACUUCAAGGUGAAGACUGUAUUUCGCCACGACAAGCGGGUGAAGCUUUAGAUUUGGGACACAGCUGGGCAGGAGCGUUACCGCCCCGUCACCACAGCCUAUUACCGCGGGGCAAUGGGUUUCAUCCUGAUGUAUGAUGUCACCAACAAGGACGGCUUCAACUCGGUCCAGGACUGGUCACACAAAUCAAAAGUCUACUCGUCAGACGAUUCCCAGGUGAUUUUGGUCGGUAACAAAUGCGACAUGGAGGAUCAGCGCAUGAUCCACUUCGAGCAGGGCCGCCAGCUGGCCAAUCAGCCCGGCGUGAAAUUCUUUGAGACGUCCGGCAAGGAGACCUGAAUGUGAAGGUGAAGCUGUCUUCAAGCGUCUGUGGAUCUUAUAUCCAACAAGAUAUCCAAGAGCCUCAACGCAGAUCCGACAUUAGUGGGCAACGGGCGAGAAGGGCAGCGCUUGACGGGGCAGCAGGCACGCCAAGACGCCAACUGCAACUGUUAG